AUGGCAUCCUCUGACCUUGUUGAAGCCAAGUCUCAAGAGAUGCAGACCCAACAUCAGGUCUACACCGAUGAAAUGUCGGUGACCAAUGAAGAUGAUCGCGAUUUGCUAAAUCUGGGCUAUCGUGCAGUUCUCGCACGUGGCUGGGGGUCAUUCGACAAUUUUGCCUGCUCCUUCUCGGCCUUGUACUGCAUUGGAGGCAUCCGUGUGUUGUUCUACAUCGCCCUAAGUGGCGGUGGGCCGGCCGCUAUAUGGAGCUCUUGGGUCUCCGGUAGUAUCCUCUCGAUCAUCACCGCCGCUUGCCUCGCUGAAGCGUGCUCGAGCUACCCCGCCGCGGGGUCGAUUUACUACUGGGCAUUUCGAUCCUGGGGUGGUGGUCGGGUUGGUCGCUUUGUCUCUUUCCUCGUUGCUGCGUGGACUUUAGUUGCGUGGACUGCUUUCUUGGCUAGUGACUCGUUUGGCGUUGCCAACUAUCUUGUCUCCGAAGUGGUGGUGUUCAAUCCGAAAACAAGCUUCCCGUAUGAGACAUCGGAUGUGCGUGCCCGCGCGGUGGCCUGGGCUUUCUCGCUGCUUUUCUUGGCCAUUGCUACCGCGUUGAACUUCCUCCCGCCACGUAUGUACUCGUGGGUGUUCCGGGCGGGUGUCACGGUCAUCAUCAUCGAUAUGUUGCUCAAUUUCAUUUGGCUGCCUAUCGGCGUGUCCAAGACCUACGGUUUUCAAUCGGCUGAAUAUGUUUUCACAUCGACAUACAAUGGCGGUGAUACUAGUCCCGGCCUUAACUGGGUUCUCUCCUGGUUCUUGGUGGGAAGCUGCCUAGUGGGACAGGACGCGUCGGGUCAUGUCGCAGAAGAGACUGUCUCGGCUAAGAAGGCAGCUGCUAAGGGUAUUUUCUGGGCGACCGUGGCUUCUGCGCUCUGUGGUUUCCCUAUAAUCAUUCUGUUCCUGUUCUGCAUGCCACCUAUCGAGACCUUCUACGACACCAGCGCGCCCCAGCCGUUCAUCAACAUGUACGCCAUGGCGCUUGGUCCACAUGCCCAUGUGGUGAUGACUAUCAUCUCAAUGAUCGGAGCUAUUCUGAAUACUUCGAUUUCCUUGGUGGCUGUCUCCCGACUUGUCUUCGCCGUGGCGCGCGACGGUGUCUUCCCAUACAGUGAUGUGUUGUCCCGUGUGUCGAAAUCGAAGCAGCCCCACAACGCGGUCAUCUUCAUCGCGACCAUUGCCGCCCUUCUGCUUUGCACUCAGCUCCCGUCCCAGGUUGCUUUCUCUAGCUUGGUUUCGACCUCCGCUGCUGGUUCACUCGCGGCAUAUGGUCUGGUUGGCAUCGGUCGCGCAUUCAUCACGCGAAAGACCUUCCGCCCGGGCUUCUGGGACUUGGGUCGGUUUGGUGUGGUGGCUGCUGUUGUCACAUUCAUCUGGAACGGUUUCGCAUUCGCCGUGCUCUGUGCCCCGGCUUACUCGAACCGUGCGAUCGACGAAGACUCCAGCCUGUUCAACUACGCCAUCGUGAUCAUGGGUGGUGUCACUAUCCUUGCGGUUGCUGAAUGGUGGCGCAAGUCGAAUGAUGGUUGGUUUAAGCACCUCAAGAUUGCCGACUCGGAUACCGAGGUUAACGAGCCGAUCGGGAGGGAUGAGAACAAGAACGCUCCAGUGUCAGUCUGA